CUCCUUCACUUCGCCCUCCAGUGCCCGCGGCUGCAGCAGCGCGGCCUCCGCACGGCCCGACCCCGCACCGGCCCCUCUCCGCCACCAGCCCGACACACGCAGCUCCAAUGGCGAUUCCUCCGUCAUACGUAGACCUUGGCAAAUCUGCCAGAGAUAUCUUCAAUAAAGGAUAUGGUUUUGGGUUGGUGAAACUGGAUGUGAAAACAAAAUCUGCAAGUGGAGUGGAAUUCACAACAUCUGGUUCAUCGAACACAGACACUGGAAAAGUGAAUGGGAGCUUGGAGACCAAAUACAAGUGGGCUGAGUAUGGGCUGACUUUCACAGAAAAAUGGAACACAGAUAACACUCUGGGAACAGAAAUUGCAAUUGAAGAUCAGCUUGCCAAAGGCCUGAAGUUGACAUUUGAUACAACUUUCUCACCAAAUACAGGAAAGAAAAGUGGUAAAAUUAAGUCAGCUUACAAACGUGAAUGCGUAAACCUAGGUUGUGAUGUUGACUUUGAUUUUGCUGGACCUGCAAUCCACGGUUCAGCUGUCCUUGGUUAUGAAGGCUGGCUUGCUGGUUAUCAGAUGACUUUUGAUAGUGCCAAAUCAAAAUUGACAAGAAAUAAUUUCUCUGUGGGUUACAAGACUGGAGACUUCCAGCUGCACACUAAUGUCAAUGAUGGUUCCGAAUUUGGUGGGUCAAUUUACCAAAAAGUGAGUGACCAUCUUGAAACUGCUGUAAACCUGGCUUGGACAGCAGGCAGCAACAGCACUCGCUUUGGCAUUGCAGCUAAAUACAAGUUGGAUUCCACUGCUUCUAUCUCGGCAAAAGUGAACAAUUCUAGUCUAGUUGGAGUGGGUUACACCCAGACGCUGAGGCCAGGUGUGAAGCUUACACUGUCUGCCCUGAUAGAUGGAAAGAGCAUCAAUGCUGGUGGCCAUAAACUUGGUCUUGGCCUGGAAUUGGAGGCUUAAAAAGGUGAAGAAACUGCUGCAGAGAAGGGAUAUCAGAAGAAUUUGGCCUUAAAAUGUAUUUCCAAUGUGACCAGCAGGCUUUUUUUUUCCAAGAAGGAUGACCUAGAACAAGAGCUGUAUUUGAAGUAUUUAGACAGUUACUUGUUAGCUGGUUUCUAGUUAAAUUGGUUACCCAUCUAGUUAAAAUUCUGCAUUAGUGCAGUCACUUAAACAUUAUUUAAAUGUAUUUAACUGUUUAAUGCGCUACCCACAAAUAAUGAAAUAGACAUUUAUGAAAACUGUACAAUUGUGUGCAUGUUUGUUUUUAUGUUCCUUUUAACAUUCGAUAUUGCCAUUGAAUGAAAAAUGGAUCAGUGGAUGUUUUGAAAUGAGGUCAACAAUUCUGUUGAAUCACCUGAAGUAGAAAUAUAUUUGGUAUCCCAAGACAAAUUAUGAAUAAAACAAGUACACACACAUACUUGUGCCUCAGAUAUUUUAAGAGUCAAGAUAUGAGGGUAGUGCUCAGUUAAGUUUUAAGUAAUCCAAGAAGUAGUGCUCUGUACCUCUGUGCAAUUAAGGACCCCCACCCAUGACAAUACUGAGUAUAGGUGAACAGUUGGAUUCCUCAAGGAAGUUGAAUGUGCUUUUCUGUCAGGUAAGGUUUGUCGUGACACAAUGGUUUAAUUCCCCCUGUGUUCCACAGGCAAGAUGUACUGUGUCCCUAGUUGGCCUCCUGAUGCAAAGAGUGCAGAUCAAUGUACUUGGCACACUGAGACAUAUAAAAACUGCUCCUUAAAAAACCUCACCACAAACACACCUUUGCUUAUACUUGUAUGAAGUGAGAUGUAUCUCUGCAAUUGAAUGUAACAGUGUAAUGGUUUAACAGCCUGCUUAUCCCAACUGCUGUGAGAGGUUUCUGCUUAAAAUGACUGAAAUAAAGACAAUUUUAAAUGGAGAUGGAGGAAAAUGCAUCUGAUCUUGCUUUCCCUUUAACAAAUAAAUCCUGGCAGGUAUCUGUUUUAAAUCUAGAAACAUACAGAAUAAUGGGAAAACUCAUGUUUUUCCAGGAUAGUAUUGAGAGAGAAUGAGGGAUAUUUGGUCUGUGAACCUAACAGCCCCUAAGGUCAAACAUAACUAGCUAACUAGCUGUGAAUGCUUUUAAUGUGGAAUAUAUUAAAUACAUGUAGUUGCACUGCUUAUGUUUUAAGAAUGGUGACCUACUGAGUUCAGGAGAGUGCCAGGAGCCCACUUAGAGUCUCUCAGAGCUGAGAAGUGUCUCUUGAUAGUCUCUCAGUCUGUGGUUCACAGCAGCUUCCUUCAUAGGGCAGGUGGCUGGCUUUUGAUCAGAGAGCUUUCUCUGGUUUGAUACUGGAUUACACUUACUGCCCAUAAAAGUCCCAGUGAUUUGCUCAAGGCCUUGUUCCAUCCCCCACUUGCCCUCUUACUGAAAUUCUCACGUGAAGUACUUCAUUGUGAACUGCCUGUGUUUAGGCUUUAGCCGUGGAGUAGCUGAGCGUCUUUGCAGAAGACAGAGCAGAGCUCAAGCUUCCAGCUCAGGCUCUUGAGCAGGCUUACCAGUGUGUUUGACUAGUUUUCUUACUCGGAAGUACAAACACUUUAUCAUGUACUACUGUUGUCACUAAAUGCCCUCUCCUGAGGAGCAUUUCCACCUCUUACUGGUGGAAGAAGCAUGUAAGGUGCAAUUUGUUGCUCUCAUUGCAUGUUAAGGUCCGUAAUACAUAUUUUCAGUUUGAGGUGUUUUUAUGUGCUAGACCACAUAAAAGCUGGAGACCACGCAGCCAGUCAUUGAAUUUUAGUACCUAUUCUCUUUUUAGUAUAACCAUCUUUGUGUGCCUGUAUGCAUUGUCCAGCUGUAGCACCCAGGCAAAUAAGGGACUGCAUCUUUUGCUUAUGAAUGAUGCCUUGUUUGCAUCCUUAAACCAGCGUAGCUGCAAUACUGAUGUUUCUCAGCUUUUGAUAGGACUGUAAUGGUCUGGCAGUAAUUUUAUUUUUUUUUUGGUAGUGGUAUUUUGUAGGUUUUGGGAUUUUUUUGUUUUUUUAGAAACAAGUACUCUAACCCUUUUCUUCACUACCUGUUCCUCUAGCUGUUUUUUCCCUGAGGUCACAAAAUGGAUAAGUGAAAUAAAAGCACAUAUUGCAGAGUUUCUCUUCCACUCUUACAAAUGAGUAAUGGAAAACUUGAACCUACUCAUUUUACUCUCUUUUUAUGUGCGUGACUUUACUAGUCCUCAGCCUUUAAACCUUAAGUAGUGUUAUUUGUUAUAAUGCUGAUAGGCAACUGGAGAAAUAAAGGGCUCUGCAGUAGUUAAGAGAACUGUGAAAAUAUGAGAUUUCCUAAUAUAUUCUGUCAUAAAUCACUACUUUGAGCAUGAAAAGGAAGUUCAGUGUCUAUUUCUUGACAUCUGUCAAGGCUUAUAAAAAUGGCCUUCAAACUUUCUUUUCAACUGUUACAGAAGCUGGUGGUGUAUUUGAGUUUUGUGGUAAGCGAUGUUGGUAGUUCCAUUUUAUUAAAACAUGUAAAAAGCCUUAAUUAUAACUUUCAGUGCCAGACAGCCUUUGCUCAGGUGUCAUUCUGAAUAAAAAAAUCCACUUGAGAUAACCAAUGACCAGAACAUCAUUCUCCAUCUUGUUUGUGUGAACUGUAGCAUUGCAUUUGGUACAGCUGGAAUAGGGGUUGUCUGUGUAUAUUGCAAGGGGACUUAAUCACGCUUUCAUAAAUAAAAAUCCUUUCACAUGA